GUAAUUAUAGGUGAUCUCGGGUUGUCUGGCGGGACGGAGCUGCGCUGGAAGCAACGAGCUGUAUAUGUAUUUAUGCUGAUAUUGAUAAGAUCAUGGCCUCUAUCAGCUCUGAAGCUCAUCAGCAGACUUCAUCUGAUUCUCUCCACACUGAAACUUCUGGGAGGAUAAUAAUAUCGCAGGGAAACGCGGGAGAAGAGAGAACUCACGUCUGCUUCGAAUGUGGGAAGACCUUUGAUCAAAAGCGUCGUUAUCUCAGACACCAGCGCGCGCACACGCGAGGAAAAGCGUAUCAGUGCUCAGACUGCGGCAAGAGUUUCACUGAUAAACAGGGUGUUGAGGUUCACCAGCGCGUUCACACCGGGGAGAAACCGUUUCGCUGUUCGGACUGCGGGAAGCGCUUCACGGCGCAAAGCAGCCUCCAGACGCACCGGCGCAUUCACACCGGAGAGAAACCGUACUUCUGCUUCCAAUGCGGAAAGAGUUUCAGAGAGAGCGGAACCCUAAAGAAACACCAGCGCGUUCACACUGCCGACAAACCCUUCCACUGCGCCGAAUGUGGGAGGAGCUUCAGCGUGCAGCGCAGCCUCCAGGUUCACCAGCGCGUUCAUACCGGGGAGAAACCGUUUCGCUGUUCGGACUGCGGGAAGCGCUUUACCGUCCAGCGCAGCCUCCAGGCGCACCGGCGCAUUCACACCGUGGGUAAGCAGUACUACUGCUCUGAGUGUGGGCGGAGCUUCAGGGACAGCAGCAGCCUGGAGAAACACCAGCGCGUUCACACUGGAGAGAAACCGCAUCACUGCCCCGACUGUGGGCGGAGCUUCAGAGAGAGCGGCGCACUGAAAAAGCACCUGCGCCUUCACACGGGGGAGAAACCGUACCGCUGCUCGGACUGUGGGCGGAGCUUCAGACACAGUAGUACACUAAAAAAACACCAGCCUCUUCACACCCGACAGAAACCAUAGACGAGUCAGGCUUUAAACUGCUUUAAAACUGCAUUAAAAACAUUAUUUAUAAUUUGCUUUGGAUAAAAGCGUCUGCCGAAUGUUAAUGUAAAUGUAAUGUAAUGUAAUUUAAUGUAUUGUUACUACUGGGUUAGGGCUCCAAGUGAUCCAGUGAUCUAAAGUCAUGCAGCUUGCCAUCAGCUGCCGGACUCCUGAGAGAGUACAGUUGGCCUUGCUCUCUCUGGGUGGGUACAGUACAGUAGAUGGCUCUCUUUUCCCUCAUCACUUCUAGGGUGAUGUGGAUCAGCACAAGGCUGCGUCUGUGAGCUGAUGUAUCAGAACCGAGUCGCUGCGCUUUCCUCUGAGCGUUAGCGCUGUGAUGCUACUCGGAAAUGCUGUUAACGGGUGUAACGAUGCUCAUGAACCACAAUUUGAUUUUCUUACAAUAUUUAAAAAAAUAAAUUAACAACAAAAAAUAAGAUACUUUUUUCUUUCUUUUUAUUUCUUAAGUGUUUAAACAAUAAAAAAUGUACUUUCAUUUCUUAAGGGUACAGAUUCCUUUUUAGUUUUUACACAUAAGCAUAUAGCUUAUAGCCGUAAACAAACCACACAAACUAUUGUGCUGUUUUAUUUCUUAAUGAAUCACUUUUUAGACAAUCUAGAGUUAAAGAUUGUCUUAGCAGGACAUUAAGAAAGGAAAUAUUAAUAAUUAAUCUUUACUAAAGUAUUUCUGUUUUGCAGAGACGUUUUGCAUUUAAAAUUCAAACAUCUUAUUUUUCACUCCACUACAAUGUUGGAAGUUUCAUAAACAGAACAUGCAAUAGAAUUUUUCCACGAUGCACAUUUUCAAUUUUCUCUUCUUUUUUAUUACACCACUAGUUACUUAAUGCAUUUCCACCA